CAAAAGAUGAAAACGGUUGUUGAUGUUUAGACUUUACAGUAUCAGCUUUCCCUUGUUUCUCUCGUCACUGCAGAAAGAAUCGGACCCCGAUCGCACACGUCUACUUAGUCUCAAGCACUAUUUCAUAUAUGGUUCUAUGUCUAUCUAUCUGUAACUAUCUCUAACCAUAUCUGUAUUUUUUCCCACAACUUCGUUCUGAGGCGGACCCUGUAUCGUGUUCUCUUUUCAUCGAAUGAUUUUUUCUCGAAAUCGUAUGUAGGAAGCAAGCUAGGGUUACUAGUUGAAAUUCGAUAGCAGGAGCGUGGUCUAAAACGUCAACGUCUUUUGGUUGUCGAAAAGAAGACACAAGACGCGUAGAAAAGCUAGGCGUCGCAAGCGUAAAGCAGAAUAAAUUCGUCUGGAAUUUCUUUGUCGUGGCGUCGUUGUAAGUAAAGUAAGUACUUGAGUCGGAGUCCUUCGUUGAUGUCAGAGCUUUGAUUCAAAUUGUGAACUGCUGAAUUGAUGAGACCAUUUCCAUUUUUUUCCGUGGCGAGGAGUUGGUCCUGCCACCUCGAGCAGCAAGGAACCAACAUCAGCGGGACAACUACUACAUCUACUACAACUGCAAGGGCUAGUGCCACGUCUAAAUCAACAUUAACCACAGCACGAUGGUGCGACACACGCCUCGCCCGGACUUCACGUGGUUCGAGUUACUGAAGUUUACGUGGAUUUUCGUGGUGGGCGCAACGUUUUCCCUGGUAACCUCGUUGCUCUCCCUGUUGGUUUAUGCAUUGCAAAAGCAUCGUACUAGUAUGAAUUGCAUUACAAAUUGGCUUAGCAUUACAAAUUAAGUUUGUAAUGCGGAUUUGCCUUAAGAAAAAGAUUUGUAAUGCAUAAAAGCAAUUAGUACGAGUACGAUACUUUUGCACAGGAUAUGGUUUCCGCGAUUAUAGUGCUGCAGUUUUCCCACUGGUUCUCCUACGCCUACUUUCUGUACCUGCGGCUCCGCUGCGUGGCCGUUCGCUGGAGCACCUGGCUCCUGGAGAGGUCCGCGAACGAGUACGUCCC